AAUCUAUGGAAUGUGAGGUUGUCUGCAGUAGUUUUCAAAGAUAAUGUUGGGGGAAGAGGAUUUAGGCACAUGAUAUUCAGAUAAUUUUGUAAUUCAUAAAUGUUUACUAAACUAAAAUUACUAUUGUUGGCGUUCGAAACUUAUUUUCAAGAAUACUAUCUUUGUCUUUAGCUCGACAGAAUACGUAAGCUUCGUGGAAACAUGACUGACAACAUUCCUGUUAGUCUUAACGUUCACAUCGAUCCGCUAAGUCAUGGUCAGUCUGCUGGUAGUAGUAUUUUAGGAGAUGUUGCCUUUGCCUUAGGUGCAACAGAGCCAGCUCUUCGUCUCCUGCUGUCAAUAUUAGCAGGUUAUCCCUUAGCAUUACUUCAUAGGUACUCUCUUUAUGGAAAGUCACCAAUUCUACAGCAUAUUCUUUUUAUAUUGAGUGGUUUGUCAGUGGGUUAUUUUAACUAUGGUUGGGAGGUUGUGCAUUCCAUGGCUUCUGUGGUGGUUGUGUAUGCAGUUUUGCUUACCAUUGGUGGCACUGUUCUCUCCGUGGCCAUUGUUUUUAUCUUCAGCAUGAGCUAUUUACUGACUGGAUACUAUUUGACUGGUACGGAAACAUAUGACAUCAAGUGGAGCAUGGCCCAGUGUGUUUUAACCCUCAGGUUGAUUGGCUUAGCAUUUGAUGUGUACGAUGGUACAAAAUCUGCAGAUAGCCUUUCAGAUGAUCAGAAAAAGACUGCCCUUGCAAAAGUUCCAACGUUUUUCGAAGUUGCUGGUCACACGUUUUUUCCGUCAAGUUUUUUGGUGGGUCCGCAGUUUCCCAUGAGGCGAUACCAGGACUUUGUGGCAGGAGUGUUGAGAGACCAGGAUAAUGAAACACUUCCAUCCUGCCUGCUUACUGGUUUCAUGCGAGGCGGUCUGGGUUUCAUAUACCUGGGCAUAUUUCAAGUUGGAAUCUCGUACUGCCCCGAUUCAUAUUUGCUUACACCAGAGUUCAAUAUGUUACCCUUCGUCAAGCGAUGUCUUGUACUGGGCUUCUGGGCCAAGAUCACACUUUACAAAUAUAUCGCCUGCUGGCUUAUUUCUGAGGGCGUCUGUAUAUGUUCUGGCCUUACCUACAAUGGGAAAACCAUGGAAGGCCAGUCGCGAUGGGAUGGCUGUGCCAACGUGAAACUUAGAGUGUAUGAAGGAGCAACCAAGUUUGGACACUUCAUUGCGUCUUUCAACACAAACACCAAUCACUGGGUGGCUCAGUACAUUUACAAGCGACUGAAGUUCAUGGGUAACCGCUACAUAUCACAGGCUGCAGCGCUGGUUUUCUUGGCAGUCUGGCAUGGACUCCACUCGGGUUACUACAUGUGCUUUCUUAUGGAGUUCCUGGUCAUGAAGCUGGAGAAAGAUCUGGAGCCACUGUUGGAGAGGAAUGGAACUGUGAUAGAGCUUUUGAAGCAUCCAUUAGUUGCGACAGUAGUGUGGAUGGCUCUCAAAUUGUAUACAUUUGUAUUUAUGGGGUGGUGUUUGGCACCAUUUGCUCUGUUAUCUUUUAGCCGGUGGUGGCAGGUGUAUAGAUCUGUGUACUUCAUUGGAUUCAUUGUUUUUCUUUUAUGGCCUUUAUAUUAUCCUAUUGUAAAGAAACUGUUAACACCAAAGAGUUUACAAAAAGCAAAGGAAAAUUAGAAAUUCAAGAUUUUUUCUCUUACAAUAUUCGUGCUAAUAUAGGUCACAAUUGUUUUGGUAUGCUUUGCUUUCAAAAAAAACAUUUGUGUAGAUAAAUUUUGUUACAGAUUCUGUAUUGUUGCACACAUAGCUGUGUAAUACAUAAAUACAAACCAGAUUUUCGAGAAUUGCCAUUUUUACUUUUAUGUUGUUCAUGAUUUAAAACUAAGUACUUAAAAAGUCAUAUAAUAUAUGUUGUUGCACAUAUCUGUUUUAAAUGAGAAGCUGUUGUGGUAGGUCACUCACUAGUUCCCACAUGAAGGAGAAUGCAAAUGUGUAUUUCAUUUUUUGGCAAUGUUUCAGUGCCACCUACCCUGCUUCCCACUUACUCCUCAAACUUCUCUCUGUCUGCACUAUGAUGUGUCUGUGCAAACUUCUCUGUCUGCACUAUGAUGUGUCUGUGCAGACUUCUCUGUCUGCACUAUGAUGUGUCUGUGCAAACUUCUCUGUCUGCACUAUGAUGUGUCUGUGCAGACUUCUCUGUCUGCACUAUGAUGUGUCUGUGCAAACUUGUCUGUCUGCGCUAUGAUGUGUCUGUGCAAACUUCUCUGUCUGCGCUAUGAUGUGUCUGUGCAAACUUCUCUGUCUGCACUAUGAUGUGUCUGUGCAGACUUCUUUGUCUGCACUAUGAUGUGUCUGUGCAAACUUGUCUGUCUGCGCUAUGAUGUGUCUGUGCAAACUUCUCUGUUUGCACUAUGAUGUGUCUGUGCAAACUUCUCUGUCUGCGCUAUGAUGUGUCUGUGCAAACUUCUCUGUCUGCACUAUGAUGUGUCUGUGCAAACUUCUCUGUCUGUGCUAUGAUGUGUCUGUGCAAACUUCUCUGUCUGCACUAUGAUGUGUCUGUGCUGCUCAGUUUUCACGGAGUUAGCUGAAGCAGGAGCCAUCAUAUAGCAAGACCCCUCACUUACACUUUCCAGGGAUACAAAGAUAGAAUCUAAAUUGAGGGAGAACUAAAACUCACCUAAUACAUAGGUACUUCAUUUUCUGUAUGUAUUUCUUUCUCAAAAAAUACUUUACUUUAAAGAAAAAAUUAAUAUAUGCUAGCCUACUGAUGUACCAUCAAUACUCAAGCCAUGCCCAAAAUACAUCUCAUAAAAACAACAAAAAAGUUUAAGUUUAUUAUUGGAUAGAUCAAGUCUUGUAUUAUAAGGUUGAGUAAAAAUGCACAACAAAAAUUUAGGCGUUUAAAAAUAUCUGGAAGAGAAUUUACACAUCCAAACAAAUAUUCUAGUUUUGCAUUUUAAUCUUAAUUUUAGUUGACCCCAUUAUAACUAGUAAAUCAAUAUCAUGAAACAAAAAUAUUAUUUUGUAACAACUUAAAUUUAAGGCAGUAAGGCACAAUUCUUUUAUACUGUACACAUUGUGUACUGUGAAGAGAGUACUGUUUCUGAUUAAGAAAAAGAAUGAAAAUGUAACUCAUUGCUGAGAAUUAUACUACAUCUUGUAUACAUGUUGCUACCAAAAUGACAAAUUUUUCACUUGUAUUUUAGGCUACAAAAAAUUUGUGCAAUUUAUAACGUGAUAUAUUUUCAUUUCCAGUCUUUUGGAUGAUUUGGUACAACGCUUACAUUCAUGUGGCCUAUAUUUGCAGGAAUGUUAAAAAAACAUUUUUCUGUCUUGGAUACUUAUCUGUUUAUGCAUAAUUUAAUAGUAGUUUUUUAAUAGAACUAAUGAUUUCUUCAUAUAGUAUCCAGUGUAAGAUACACAAAUAAGGGUUUUGAGUCAUGUUUCAUCACAAAUUUAACUAUAGUAUGAAUGCCUAAUUGAGAAUAUGAAUGGGUGAUUUUGUGAGUAGUCUAUUGAUUUCUGUUUCUGUAGAUUUGUAAACAGAAUAUUUUUUACAAAUGUGUAAAAUGUGUGUUGGGUAACCAGAAAAUAAUUUGUAUCUAUCUUAUUCACUGCAUUUUAUUUAUGUUAGGGUAGUCUGUUUAAAGGGUUAGGAGUUUUUUAUGACAUGAAUGGUUUGAGAAUUUUUAUGCAAUAUUUUAUGUUUUGGAUAUGUAAAUAACAUACGGUAACUGCAAUACAGCAAGUUUGUUGUUGAUUGACUUAAUUUUGUCCAGUUAAGUGACAUUUAGUUUGUGUUAUGAUGUAAUAGGUGAAUGUAUUUUUUACUUACUUGGUUGUUAUUACAGUUUUAAAGUGACAGUCAACAUGUAUGUGAUGUUAACAUAAGGCAUAAUAUUUCAGACAUAAUGCGUAGGUUUUAAAAAAAUGUCAACAAUACAUUUUAUUCACAUCUCUACAAAUAUCCUUAAAAUCACAAUAAUUUAGAUAUAGACGUCUUUUGAAUAACUACAAGCCUAUCUUGAUGGCCUAUGAGUCUACUGCUUACUAUGAAUUUGUGUUUAUAAAAUUUAUGUUUGGCACACUGUCCAUGUACUGUAGAACACUGUGUAACAAAACUAUGCAAAUUUUUUACGUUGUAUAGCAAUUCUUUGUGUUGUUAAAAAUGUUAAAAGGAUUAGUUUAGUUUAAUUUUUUUGUACAUGGAGAUAAUGAAACAUAAUAUGUGUAGAGACAAAACUUAAAAACCAUAAAUUGUUGCCUUAUACUAUUUUUUCCAAACCAUGUUCAUUUCAAUUGUGACAAGAUGCCAUUUUCUUAAAAAAAAUUUUUUUAUAUGAAUGCCUAAAACAUACUUACUCAGAAAUAACAAUUUGCAAGCAUUUGUAUGUUUCAUAUAAACAUGAGAAUUUUUUGUGUAAAACCACUUAGCAUGACUAAUUUUGUUCCUAAAAAUGCUCACAUUAUUCGAAAUCGUGUAUUCUGAAGGAUUAGUUUCCAUAAAUAGCAAGGCUAAUUUAUUUAAUGUGUUCCAAAAUUGUGUAGGAAAAUAUACUUUAUGUAAUAUAAAUGCAUUGAAUAACACUAAACUAUAAAUAUGUCACACCAUUUAUCUUUAUAUGCCUCCCAUCGCACUUUGUAUGACAAAUACGACACAGCGUAACGGGAGAUACGUGGUUAUGUACUUUAUCGUCAGUCGGCUGGCUGACUGGCUCGCCCGGGCGUGAACUCCAACUCAUUUUGUGUACCUUUCCAAACCAUCCUUUACUGACAGUGAAACCAAUAGUACUGUCCGGAUAGUUACAUUUUAAUUUUUCAAUAAUUAAAGUGCUACUUCGCGUAUAACCACUUGGUUCACACCAAUCCUGUCAGGCCAAUCAUUAUUUUUUUCAUGGCAACAUUUAUUUAACAACCUUUUCCACGUGAAUCAUCUGUUCAUUUCUGUUCUGGUAUAUAAUGUCAAAUAUAUUCCCACUAGUACAACCAACAGCAUCAGACUUAUAAAUGGUUUGGUAAGAGUCCUUAUUUCAUACAAUUGUGCGCACAGUUGACUUGCUUCAAAAUAAAGUGCGACCAACAUAAGCGUGGCCUUCAUGACAAUCUGCGUGCCGUAAUACUUCUAGUUUUGUCUCAAAUACUUUAACACUAUGCAUUAUGAGUGAUCAAGCACAUACAGUUACCAGCAGAUGAAUGGGUAUAUGUUGCUUUUGUUUGAGUGAAUUCCCUGCCACUGGCUAGACUGAGUUCAUGGCCCGGUUUGUGGCCAGGCGACAACGGUACGGCAAGGCGGUAUAUGCACGGACAUAAAAACAUUUGUUCCUUUACACUCCAUAGCAGCAAUUUAACUUGCCAUAGCUGAUGUUUGUACAACAGCCGAUAGCGUAGUCAGACCUGCGCGCGCAUCUCUUCCCCCCUUGUUUGGCUAACUGUAUGCCACGGCACAUCUGUUGUUUACAGAAGUUGAAACAGACUUCGUGACGUAUUGCUCUAAUUUUUUUUGCCUGCAGAGAUUUUGUGCUAACUGAAAUUUACAGACGUGUUAUUCAAGACUGGGGCAGUAAAAUUCACAUUGCGCUUAAUGAAUCCACGCAAUCUGAAGAUUUGUUAAGUGAGGGAUAUGUGUAUCAAUUUUCACAGGCCAAAUGGUCCAUUUAUUUUGUUACAAAAUACAUACUAAAAUUAUUACACUCGUUUAAUUUUGGGUGUUAAAAAGUAUAAUUUCAGACUGUGCAAUGAAAUGCAUUUUGGGGUUAUUUAGGUUUUAUCGCAAUUCAUCAUAAAAUCUGUUCCCUGUGAUAUUUAUGAUACAGGCACUAAUAACUGUGGUAAAAGUGGUUACUAAAGAUUAAAUAUACCGUAUUUACCAAAAUUAGCUCCUUCCUCAAAUAAACUUCACACCUGUAAUGGUUAUGCCAUGUAACAGUCCAAACCUCGGGCUGGCUCAAAAUUGGUCCAGCUGUUACAUGCGUAAUCACUUGAAGAAAUUUUGAUUGUAUGUUGAAAUAUUGUUUGAGUUUCAGAAAAAAAUGUCCAUUGGACAACUGUUACUUAUUUUUAAUUAUUUUAUUUCUUCUUUAUGAAAAUUCACUACUCUCACUGGCCACCAUUUUCCAACCACAACACAGUUCUCAGCUUCUCACAAAACAAACAUCUUAAAUUUAACCUAUUCUACGAACAACUGUCUUUUCUGCUUACAUCGAAAUGUCCGUCAAUACCAGAAAAUAAUCAUGAAUGUAAAAUGGCUACCAACUGCAGCUGUUCGGUUUACUGUAGUGAAGCACCAUUAACAUCUCAUCCACAAAUGACCAAUAUCAAUGCUACCUUAAAAAGCUUAAUAAAUAAAAUAAAUCAAUAAACAGCUUAAGAAACACAUGCAACAAAUUCUCAUGUUUCAAAUGAAAUUUUUAUUCAAUAUCAAUAUCACUGAAAAAAAAAUAUUUUUUUUUUUUUUUAGUCACGUUUACGACUUUCCGCGACAACGUACUUUCUUCCCAUAGCACAAUUUCCAGUUUCCGUAUCAUUAAAAUUUUUUUUCCAGCAACCUUAGAUGAUUACAAUUGCAAACUUUUCGUAAUUUUAUUUAUUUACAUACAUAUUGUCAGAUGCACAUCAACACUCCAUAUGGAGAUUGCAAGGAAUCAUUGCAACAUCUUUCUCACAAAAACACUCACUUUCAAACUACGUGCAAUAUGUCGAUCGUUCAUUCAGCAACAGCAGGUUAACCAACCUUGGAGCUUGACGGAACUUGUGCUGUGCAGCAUUGCAUGUUGCCAAGUUUUGAAUAAGCAGUGCCAUGCUUUUUCAACUCACACAUUUUAUGAUAAAUUGUGUGCUGAUAAUUCGGGAAAAUACUGUAUGUGAUAAGUGAACAAGGAAUAAAAUACUUAUUUAAUUUUUUGGAACUAACUGAAAUGAAAAUCAUUUUUGGAACCAGUUGUAGAUACUGUUGUUUUUGGAAAACAAUGGCAGCUUAUUUAUUAAGAUCUGGCUCUUAAAAAUUUAUAAACAUUAAAUAAAAAUGCUGUCCUUGCAUAGAUAUGUUGAUAACUCAUCAGACGUAUAUAAUUCGUCACAGCACAAAAUAUGUGGUCGUUGGGUACUAAGCAAUUAUUGAAAACAUCUACAUUAUAAGAUCACUAGAACAUUACUUCUUUCCUUCUUCAUAAGAGGAUGGUUAUUUGCUGCUACCCCCUUCAUUUCCUAGAAAGUGAGCCAUUUCUCUCUGAAACUAGUGGUCUCCAACUUGAAGUUUACUAGGUUUGGAAUUUUUUAUUUUUUUUUUUUUAACUUGAUACCUGCUCAGGAGAGGAGAAAUAACCUAGUAAGGGGGCACAUAACUGGCAUCUGGCAAGACUGGCACUCUUACAUCGUUAUGUUGGUUUGUUGUUUUUGAGAUUAGAAAGAUUAUUUGCUGGAAGUAAGUUUAAUAUAGCUAUCCUAACCAAAUCAACCGUCCACAAUGUUUUAAAGUAUUUAUAAUGUAGCUAUCCUAACCUUUUACAAUGAACAAAAAAAAAACAUAAGAUGCACAAUCUGGCGUUUGGCUCUCUUGUCUGUGAAAAGAAGGCUUCCUGCAAGUAUGCUAGCGCUAAAUUAUGGUAUUGCACAAGUAUGCAAGUGUGAAAGUACGCAAGUAUGAUCCAUUUAUACCUCUCCCCUGCCAUUUCCUUUACUGGUUCUACCACCUCUCCCGGUGCCCCACCACGUACCUAACUAUUCCCCUCAUGUUAUCGGAAUUUUUGUAAAGAAGUUCCCUUAAAAAAAAAAUUAUAUGUUAAAAUGGCAUGUAAUAUUGUUUUCAGAUGGAAAUUUUAGUUGGCUAACACACUAAUAUUCUUCCCCUUGGCAUUGGCAUCAGUGUAAGAGCUGUGCUGGCAUUAAAUGUACUUAUUUAGAGUUGGCCCUUGUAUGUGGUUUUAGUUUGAUUUCAGAAGAAACAAAAUUAGGUUUGAACACCAACCUUAAAAAUUUUUCAACCUAAUAAUGGUCACUUUUGUUUUCUUUCUAGUUUUUUUUUAAAUAUAAUUAAUAUGUGUUAAUUCAGUAUGUAUAUGUAUUUAUUUUACUAAGGUGCUUUAUCAAUGCUAUAUGCCAGAAUGUAAAUGCUAUAAACAAAAUUAUAAAUAUUAUUUUUCAUUAUCUCCAAGUAUACAUUAUGUAGACUUAAGUCUAGUUGUCACUAGAAGUACUGCAUUUUGUGUGUGUUGUUUCUGCAAGAAAUAAACUUGAACAAUUUUUACCUUUGUUUUAUAAAUGCAGUUAACUUAUGUCCUAGAAAUAUUAAAAAAAAUAGUAGUUGAAACCAUUCUUACAAACUUUAUUGUAGAGUUUCUCAAAACUUUAAAAAAUUUGAAGUUACAUAAUAAAGUUUAGUCGGUAAGGCUCAAAUCCUUCA